CCCCCACCCCCUACGGCGCGCGCAGUGAAUGCGUCCAGGACGACGGGGAGGAAGCCACGGCGGCGAGGAAGGUUACCGCUUAGCCUGCCUUGAACACGAGUAUCGAGUGUUGGCCCAGGCAGAAGUAGAUGAAGUGCUUGGUCUCAUGCGUGACGUACGAGCCUAAGUUCUUGCCCACCACGACGUGCCAGAAGGGGGAAUGCCUCUUGUCGAACUCCUUCUCGUUCGCGAUCUCCCUCUCGGUGUUAUAUCUGUCCAUGGCCUGCUGGGCGCAGUCGACGAUCUCGACCUGCAUCUCCUCGCAUCGUUGCGACAUCUUGGGUUCACUCUGGUACCCCUCUUCCAGGUCCUCCUCGUUCCUCGCACUCUCCUCAGUCAUGUCGUGGUUCUUGAUCUCAACCUUGCGCCCAGACUCCGCCAUGGCGGUCGGGGGGGAGGGGGAGGAGGGCUGUGGGGAGCGCCGACCGCGCGCGCCCGCGCGUCAGGACCAGGCCUGGAGGAGAGGGAGGAGAAAGCUGAUGGAUGUCUGGAAGGAUCCUGGUCCUGGGCUCUCGCGUCGCGAUCGCGGCGCGGGGCAGGAUUCUGCCCUCGGGCCGGGGGCGGCU